AUGGACGCGUCCUCACUCCCGUCCUCGUCCUCUCUACUACCUACUAAUACGCCUCCACACCAUCACGAGGACGUAGAGCCAGCCAUGAGCGCCCUCGACGCGUUCGCCACUUACGGCGGGCUCACCCGACCGCUGACGCCGCAGGAGGUAGACAGACUUUCGUCCCUCGAGCGUCUCAAGAUCUUCCUCGCCACCGCACCCGCCGCCUGGUCAUCCUCUUCGGCACCGCCCACGUUGCAGCAUCCCGCACUCAACCGUUUCUUACUGCCCAAUGGCGAGCACGUGUCCUGUGUUCUCUGGGGCGGCCUGUACCACAUAACGGGCACGGACAUUGUUCGCGCACUCGUAUUUCGCUUCGAGGCGUUCGGCCGACCAGUUCGCAACAUGAAGAAGUUCGAGGAGGGCGUCUUUUCCGAUCUCCGGAAUCUCAAGCCGGGCGUCGACGCGUGCUUGGAAGAACCCAAGUCUCCCUUUUUGGAUCUUCUCUUCAAGUACCAGUGCAUCCGCACACAAAAGAAGCAAAAGGUCUUUUACUGGUUCUCGGUCCCGCACGACCGCCUCUUCUUGGACGCCCUCGAGCGCGACCUCAAGCGCGAGAAAAUGGGUCUCGAGCCCACCACGGCAGUCAGCGCCGAGCCGGCGAUGAGCUUCACGUAUGACCCCAAGCGUACGCUCUUUGACCAGUUCGCCAACAAGUCCUCCCACGCUGCCGGCCCCGAUGAUGGCUCCUCCGCAUCCAACUCGCCCGCUUCUUCGGCACACGCCGAGCUUCCUUCAACCUCCGGCUCCAGCGGACCGGGCCCGCACCCAGCGUUCCUGCACAUGUUCUCGCUUUUUGAGGGCUCACCGUCGUACAAGACCCGGCGCCGGCGUCAACCUAAAGCUCGCCGUUCUGAGCCCGGCUCUCCCGCUUACCAGCAGCACAGGUAUCUCGACGAGUCACAGGUCAGGCCAAGCGUGGGACAUUCGCUUGGCUUGAAUCUCAGUGCAGGCGACCAGUUCCUCGCUCAGGCUAACCCGCUCCCUCGUGCGGAGGCCCCGACUCAGAGCCAGAGCAGGCCGCGCUAUCUCCCUGCUCUCGACUCGUUGCCUACGCGUGGCCACUCUUUCCCCAUAUACGCUCCUCGUGUACCUUCAGGUCUACAGUCCAACGCGGCAUAUGCUCCCGCGCCUUCUUCGUCCACGACGGCGCCAGGCAUGAUCCGAGCGUACCAGUGCCCGCUCUUUACAUGUGCCCGCCUGUUCAAGCGCAUGGAGCACCUGACUCGCCACGUCCGCACACAUACGCUCGAGCGUCCUUUCCCUUGUCAACGUUGCCCGAAGCGUUUCGCGCGUCAGGACAACCUUCGCCAACAUCUCCGCGUACAUGAACGCUCUGAUAACGGCCUUGGCCUGAUCAACGCUCAUCUCGACUCGGAGGGCGGUGAGGACGACGAGCUCCUUGACAUGGGUGCUAUUCGAUCCAUCGAAAUGCACCUUGGCGACAGGGAGAUUGGCGAGGGUGGUCUUACGCCGCCGCCAAGCGCUCAGCCGGAGUUCUUCACGAUGCCUUCCAACUGGGGAUCUACAACCAACACGGGUUCACCAGCUCCGUACUCGCAGCCUUCGCCCCCGCCUUACGGUCACGCUCAAAGUCAGUCGUACACCGCGUCACCUGCGCCGUACUCCGCUCCACUGUACCCCAGCCACGCGCAGUCCGUGCCGGUGUACGGGCUUGAGCCUUCAAGCGGCCCCAUAAGGAGACACCGUAGCGCGACGCCGACAAUCACGCGCCCUAGCACCGGUUUCCAUCCUUACGCUGCGGCUUACGCCGCAGGCGCCGAGGGCAUCAGCUCGAGCAGGAGCAGUCCGGCCGGCUACAGCGUUCCGUUGGGUAGCGAGUUCGCCUACGCGCCCGUCUCGGUUCCUGGCCCUUCUUCGUAUGAGAGCGCGGGCGGUUACGAGGUUCAAUCGAGCGCUGGCCCCGCGUACGAGUACGAGGGACAAGCUGCGCCGGUGCAGUAUGGCUACCCGGUCCCGACGGGUACAUCAGCGCCCGCGACGGCUACGCAACCAGGGUACUUCGAGCAGGGUUCGCAGGGCUUCUACGAGAGUGGAAUGGUCAUGUAG